GCCCGGCUCGCCUGCUCUGGCGUGCUGAGGGCCUUACUGGGUUCACAAGCCGAUCCCGCAUAGAUCGGGAGUGGCGCGAGCCUCGUCAACGGUGAGGGAGCGCCGGCGGGCGGCGGGAGAGAGGGGCGGGCGCCACCGGGAGAGAAUGAAGCUUCGCGAGCGGAAGCGACUUCGGAGCGGCGUCGCACCCGGAAGUGUGACAAGACAGCGGCCGCACCCGGAAGGUGAAGCGACCCGCGGCUGCUGCGGCGACUAGUGAUAUCUGGGCAACAGAGAUGCGGCGUUAAACAGGGAUGUACAGAUGGAGACCGGAGGAGACACUGCUGCCCCAGACCCCGGGGACGCCGAGGACUUGGAAGACGCUCGGCUCCCCAGUGAGGCGGCUGGAGAUGGUGGAGGGGUUCAGGAGGGCCCGGUGGAACCCGAGAAUGGGGGCCUGGAAGAAACAGGAUCUGAGGCCAAGGAUCUGCUACCGGACCUGUCACCUCUGUCCCCACCGGAGGCUCCAUCCUAUACCUGUGGUCUCUGGGAUCCUGCCCCCUCUGAAAGUAGUCCUGUGGGUGACCCGGAGAGCAGCUCUGGGGGCCAGGGUGGGGACCCCAGUGACGAGGACUGGCGCAGCAAGCGGAAGCACGUGUUCGUGCUGAGUGAGGCUGGCAAGCCCAUCUACUCACGGUACGGCAGCGUGGAGGCAUUGUCGACGACCAUGGGAGUGAUGACAGCCCUCGUGUCCUUCGUGCAGAGUGCAGGCGAUGCCAUCCGUGCGAUCUACGCUGAGGACCACAAGCUGGUGUUCCUGCAGCAGGGCCCACUGCUGCUGGUGGCCGUGUCCAGGACGCCUCAGUCGGCGGCCCAGCUGCGGGGGGAGCUGCUGGCGGUGCACGCCCAGAUCGUCAGUACGUUGACACGAGCCAGCGUGGCCCGCAUCUUCGCACACAAGCAGAACUAUGACCUCCGCCGCCUGCUGACUGGCUCCGAGCGCACGCUGGACCGCCUUCUGGACAGCGUAGAACGGGACCCUGGGGCCCUGCUGCUGGGUGCCGUGCGCUGCGUGCCCCUGGCUCGUGCACUGCGCGAUGCCCUAGGUGCACUGCUUCGACGCUGCACGGCGCCCGGGCUGGCCCUGUCGGUGCUGGCGGUUGGUGGGCGACUGGUGACUGCUGCCCAGGAGCGGACUGUGCUGGCUGAGUGCCGGCUGGACCCAGCAGACCUGCAGUUGCUGCUGGAUUGGGUGGGUGCACCGGCCUUUGCAGCAGGUGAGGCCUGGGCACCUGUGUGCCUGCCCCGCUUCAAUCCGGAUGGUUUCUUCUACGCCUACGUGGCCCGCCUGGACGCCACGCCUGUCUGCCUGCUGCUUCUUGGCACUGACCCUGAAGCCUUUCAUGACAUGGCCACCUGCCGGCGCCUGGUGGAAGAGGGCAUGCACUCCCUUGGGGCCCUGCGUGCCCUGGCCGAGGCUGCCAGCUUUUCUACUGCCCCAUCAACCACUGCCCCUGCCUACAGUGUGCAGGCUGUGGGGGCACCUGAUCUCAGGCACUUCCUCUACAAGCCGCUGGACAUCCCAGAGCACCACCGCCAGCUGCCCCAGUUUACCAGCCCUGAGCUGGAGGCCCCCUACAGCAGAGAGGAGGAGCGGCAGCGGCUGUCAGACCUGUACCACCGCCUGCACGCGCGCCUCCACAGCGCCUCUCGGCCCCUGCGCCUCAUUUACCACGUGGCUGAGAAGGAGACGCUGUUGGCCUGGGUGACCUCCAAAUUUGAGCUCUAUACCUGCCUCAGCCCCUUGGUGACCAAGGCAGGUGCCAUCUUGGUAGUGACCAAACUCCUGCGCUGGGUGAAGAAAGAGGAAGACCGGCUCUUCAUUCGUUAUCCCCCUAAGUACUCCACACCCCCAGCACCCCCAGCUGCCCCUGCCGACCAAGCUCCCCACAAUGGCUCAUUCACCGGACUGUGAGAGGUGGAGCUUUCAGAU